ACAGACUACUACUGCACAGGCUACACAGGAUGACCACCCCAAUGGCUUGCUCUUUAUUACUUAUUCUCCUGCUUACCCAGGCACCAGGAUUCUUAACACAAAACACUGUAUCAACAGCAGCAGAAACACCAGCGGCAAGUAAUGCAACAACACCAGCGGCAACUACUGCAACAACACCAGCGGCAACUACUGCAACAACGCAAGUGGCAACUACUGCAACAACGCAAGCGGCAACUACUGCAACAACGCAAGCGGCAACUACUGCAACAACGCAAGCGGCAACUACUGCAACAACCCUAGCGACAACUACUGCAACAACGCAAGCAGCAACUACUGCAACAACCCUAGCGACAACUACUGCAACAACGCAAGUGGCAACUACUGCAACAACGCAAGUGGCAACUACUGCAACAACACCAGUGGCAACUACUGCAACAACACCAGUGGCAACUACUGCAACAACACCAGUGGCAACUACUGCAACAACAGCAUCUGGAACAACUGCAAGUACUGGAACAACAUCCGGAACUGGCACAACUGUAAGCACUGGAACCACAACCUCAACUACCAAUGGAACAACUACCGGAAUAACAACUACAAAUGGAACAGCAACUACAGCUAGCGGAUUAACCACCACAAAUGGAACAGCAACUACAGCUAGCGGAUUAACCACCACAAAUGGAACAGCAACUACAGCUAGCGGAAUAACCACCACAAACGGAACAGCAACUACAGCUACCGGAAUAACCACCACAAACGGAACAGCAACUACAGCUACCGGAAUAACAACCACAAAUGGAACAGCAACUACAGCUACUGGCAUAACCACCACAAAUGGAACAGCAACUACAGCUACCGGAAUAACAACCACAAAUGGAACAGCAACUACAGCUACUGGAAUAACCACCACAAAUGGAACAGCAACUACAGCUACCGGAAUAACCACCACAAACGGAACAGCAACUACAGCUACCGGAAUAACAACCACAAAUGGAACAGCAACUACAGCUACUGGAAUAACAACCACAAAUGGAACAGCAACUACAGCUACCGGAAUAACAACCACAAAUGGAACAGCAACUACAGCUACUGGAAUAACCACCACAAAUGGGACAGCAACUACAGCUACCGGAAUAACCACCACAAAUGGAACAGCAACUACAGCUACCGGAAUAACCACCACAAAUGGAACAGCAACUACAGCUACCGGAAUAACCACCACAAAUGGAACAGCAACUACAGCUACCGGAAUAACCACCACAAAUGGGACAGCAACUACAGCUACCGGAAUAACCACCACAAAUGGGACAGCAACUACAGCUACCGGAAUAACCACCACAAAUGGAACAGCAACUACAGCUACUGGAAUAACCACCACAAAUGGAACAGCAACUACAGCUACCGGAAUAACCACCACAAAUGGGACAGCAACUACAGCUACCGGAAUAACAACCACAAAUGGGACAGCAACUACAGCUACUGGAAUAACCACCACAAAUGGGACAGCAACUACAGCUACCGGAAUAACAACCACAAAUGGGACAGCAACUACAGCUACCGGAAUAACAACCACAAAUGGGACAGCAACUACAGCUACUGGUACAACCAUAACUGGAACAACAGUUACAAGUACUGGAACCACUACAAAUACUGGAAGCACAGCACCUGGAAAUACAACAAAAACUACAACAGCAACCACCACAGCGGAACCCAAAUUGAAGUUUUGGGGGGUCAUUCUCAUUGCAUUUUUUGUUUCGGUCGGAUGUGUGGCUAUUGUAGUAGGAUUUUGCUUCAUCUGUGUAAGGAAUGUGACUGAUUUUUACAACUUGACCAGACAAAUGGAUUGA